AUGGUUUUAGCGGCGAAGCAGACUCUCUCCGCCAAGAUCGGAUUCUCCAACCCCCUCUUAAGCCGUAACCCAUCAUCCCCCUCACUCCAACGACCUCCCCCUUCUCUCUCCUUCCCCUCGACGGCCCUUCCAAAACGCACCGUUUUGUCCCUCUCCAAGCCGCUUCACCUCUCCUCUCUGAGAGCAGAGUUUCCGUUGAGAUGCUCCGCCUACGAAGCCGAUAAGUCCGAGCCUCAGCCGAUCGACGCGGCGGCGGCGGAGGAAACGAAGUCGGAGGCGGCGAAGAAGCUGAAGAUCGGAAUCUACUUCGCGACGUGGUGGGCUUUGAACGUUGUGUUCAACAUCUACAACAAGAAGGUCUUGAAUGCUUACCCUUACCCGUGGCUUACCUCCACGCUCUCUCUCGCCGCCGGUUCGUUGAUGAUGCUCAUCUCCUGGGCUGUUGGGAUCGUUGAGACUCCUAAAACCGAUUUCGAUUUCUGGAAAACUCUUUUUCCGGUCGCUGUGGCGCAUACAAUUGGUCAUGUGGCUGCAACGGUGAGUAUGUCAAAGGUUGCGGUUUCCUUCACACACAUCAUAAAGAGUGGUGAACCGGCGUUUAGCGUUCUUGUCUCGAGGUUUCUUUUGGGUGAAACCUUCCCUGCUUCGGUUUACCUCUCCCUCAUUCCCAUCAUUGGUGGUUGUGCUCUCUCUGCCCUUACUGAGCUUAACUUCAACAUGACUGGUUUCAUGGGAGCGAUGAUUUCGAACUUGGCAUUCGUCUUCCGCAACAUCUUCUCGAAGAAGGGGAUGAAGGGAAAGUCUGUGAGCGGAAUGAACUACUACGCCUGUCUCUCAAUGCUAUCACUCUUGAUCCUCACGCCCUUUGCAUUUGCGGUUGAAGGACCUCAGAUGUGGGCUGAUGGCUGGCAGAAGGCUCUCUCAGACAUCGGACCUCAGUUUGUCGGGUGGGUGGCUGCGCAGAGUGUGUUCUAUCAUCUCUACAACCAAGUGUCUUACAUGUCUUUAGACCAAAUCUCUCCCUUGACUUUUAGUGUUGGUAACACUAUGAAGCGUAUCUCAGUCAUCGUCUCCUCCAUCAUUAUCUUCCGUACUCCUGUCCAGCCCGUUAAUGCUCUUGGAGCCGCCAUUGCUAUCCUUGGAACCUUCUUGUAUUCCCAGGCAAAGCUUUGAUAAGGCAAGACAUGGAGUGUUGCAGUCCGAUGUUGAGCUCGUUAAUUUCGGUUAAAACCGGGAGUGAAGGGCUUGAUGUAGAUAUGUGUCCUCAAUAAUAAUGAAGAAAAAAUGAUGAGAAUGGAGACGACAAUAUUUAGUGUGAUAGGCAGUUUUUUUAAAGUCGAGUGUUUUGGAUUCAAGUGUUUGAAUUUGGGGAAAUGAGAUGAUUGCCUCUCUGUAACUAAAGUUGGAGAUAGAAAUUGUCCCCUACGCCCCCUCCCCCCCCCACUCCAAUACAAUGUGAGAAGUAUUAUAUACAAAAGUGGUUAAAUGGUUAAAUUGAGGAUAACGUAUAUUUGA